UGUCCCUUUUCCACAUUUUCUUUUCUCCUUCCUAACAGUCAAGUUCAGUGGAAAAAAACAGUAGAGAAACAAGAAAUCAUUUGAACAACAAUGGUGCCAAUUUUCUUGUGCUUUUUGAUCCUCAUCUCUGUCACUUCCACCACUGCCACUGACCACAUUGUUGGUGCUAACAAAGGCUGGAAUCCAGGCAUCAACUACACUUACUGGGCUAAUAACCACACCUUCUAUGUUGGAGACCUUAUCUCAUUUAGGUACCCAAAGACUCAGUACAAUGUGUUUGAAGUGAACCAAACUGGAUAUGAUAAUUGUACUACAGAAGGAGCCACUGGAAACUGGAGUAGUGGUAAAGAUUUUAUACCUCUUAACAAGGCUAUGAGAUACUAUUUUAUUUGUGGGAAUGGGCAGUGUUUUAAUGGCAUGAAGGUCUCUGUUCUUGUUCAUCCUUUGGCUCCACCUCCAUCAACUUCUGCUAAUAAGACUUCACCUAAAUCUGAUGCUUCUGUGAUUUUGCAUAAUGGGUUUGUUGGAUUUAGGGUUUUGGUUCUAUUUGGUUUUAUUUGGUUUGGAUUUGGUUUGAUUUAGUAUCGGUUGAGAAAAUGUUGUUGAGGACUGUGAUUUUAUUCUUCUUGCUCAAUUGUAAGUCUUUUUUUUUCCUUGUUAUAGUUUCUCAUUUAUCCUCUUUUGUAUGAGAAUUGAAUUGAAAUUGUUUACUUCA